AUGGAAACGGCAAUUUUUUCCUCGUUCUCUGCGGAUUCUCCUAACAACUCAAGCAUAGAUUUUUCUGCAGAUCGAAGACUAGCUAUGUUCGGACCAUUGGAUAUAAAAAACGAUAAAGAGUUUCUAAAGAAGGCAGUCACCUAUUACAAAAAAAGAUCCUCGACUCCUUUCCCAUAUAGACUGAACCUGAACAACUUCGAGCCCCUCUACUUUCUCGGGCAGGGUGCCUUUGGAAAAGUUAUUUUGGUGAAAUACAAAGUAUUCACUAAGUCAUACUACGCAAUGAAAAUUGUAAAUAAGAAAGCUCUCGUGGAAAAAAAUAUCAUUGAAUUUGCCUUGAAUGAGAAGCGUAUCUUACAGGGUCUCAACCAUCCUUUCUGUAUCCGCUUGGAAUAUUUCACAUCUGACCCAUCAAACUUAUACUACCUCUUACCCUAUAUAGCAGGAGGUGAUCUUUUCGGACUUCUUCAAAAGCAGAAGCGUUUCGACGAACGCUUAUCCAGAUUUUACAUUGCCCAAAUAGUUUUAGCUUUGGAAUACUUACAUUGUUGUCACACAAUCCAUAGAGAUCUCAAACCCGAAAACAUGAUUUUGGAUCACUUUGGAUACAUAAGAAUUGCUGAUUUCGGUUUCGCUAAAGAGCUAAAGGGGAAAUUAAGGGCGUACACUUUUUGUGGGACUCCAGACUAUAUUGCCCCUGAAGUUAUAUUAGGUAAUCCGUAUUCCAAUGCUGUUGAUUGGUGGGCUCUCGGAGUAAUGGCUUUUGAAAUGGUCAGAGGAAGAUCCCCAUUUACUGAUGAAGACCACUUGAAGACCUAUAAGAGGAUCGUCGCGGUGGAUUAUGGCAUGCCGUCAGACUUUACCCCUGAACUAGCAGAUCUUGUGUCUCGUUUCUUACAGAGUGAUGUGACAAAGAGGUUGGGAAAUCUGCGGCUCGGAAUCGCAGAAAUCAAAGAACACAAGUGGUUUGAGAAAAUUGAUUGGCUCAAACUCUUCAAUAGAAGAGUGGUUCCUCCCUAUAUACCACCCGUCCAAGUAAAUCUUGAGAAAGGAAUAUUUCCUCACUUGAAAAAAAUCACCAAACCUUUUUCUAUAGUAGAGGUUCCAUCAAAUGUCGAUAAGCUGUUUGAAGACUUUUAAUUGCUUAGUAAACUGCUAAACUAUCUUAAAGUCUAAUGAUUUUGAUUUCAAGAAGAGAAGUGCGAAUCUACUUCUCUAAAAUGUUUUUAAGUAAGAAGAUUGUAAGACUAGAUGAUCAGAUGUUUCCUUUCGUCUGGAAUGAGCAAGUAGUCCAAUGACCAAAAUAGCUAAUGGGGUUAAAAAAGCUACACACUUUUCUUACAAUGAAACAGGCGACAUUCACAGCAUCAGACGAGAACUAAUAAGUACAUCAGUACUACUA